AUGGUUAAUGUUGUAGCAGUGUUUCAGGAUUUCGAGACUUCCUUGACUUAUUUCAGCUACAGCAAUUUCGGUGAUUUUAAGAUUGAAGAAUUUAUCUGGAAUGAGAAGGAAUCAUUAGUUUUUCCAGAUCGAAUGAAUGACCUAAAAGGCUCUACAUUGCCAGUUCUGUUUGGAGGAGUGGAGCCAGCAGUUAUAGUACCUAAUUACGUCAAUGGUGUGACGAGAAUUGGUGGUUAUGUGGGACAUCUUUUUCAUACUUUUGCUGACAAACACAAUGCUUCACUGAAUUCUUCGAAUGUAAAUACCACAGCUUCAGAAUACGAUAUCCAUGAUCUUGUUUUAAAUGGAAAAGUUGAGAUGUCAGGUGCUGGUUUGAUACUCAUACAUAACUCAAGUGAAUGGUACUCAUAUCCAUACACUUUGCUAGAUUGGGGAGUCAUGGUACCUGUGGAACCUAGUAUUCCCAUUUACAAGGUGUUUGCAUAUGUUUUUCAUUGGAAAUCAUUUAUUUUAACCAUCGUGAUGUUUAUGUUGCUUUCUAUUUUGCUUGAAAUAGCUGCCAAAUUCUCAGCAUCACAUCAUCAUUUUUUCGUUCGUAAUUUCUUCAACAUUGAUUGGUUUCGUGGAAUACUUGGACAAUCCUAUUUCAAAUCCCCAAAUGCUUCAUUCACUUCAAAAAUCAUCUAUUUGCUGAACUUUUUACUUGGAAUAAUGAUAGUAACUUCAUACGAUGCAUUUCUUCAGUCAUUCAUGACCCAUCCGCCAAGGGAAAAGAUUAUAAAAUCCUUUGAUGAUCUUCAAGCAUCCGGGUUAAAAAUAUAUGCCUUGCAAACCGAUAUCGAUGGAUUAUUAGGGAUUGGACAAUUAAUUUCCCGGCCUGUCCAGCCAGCUCGAUCCCCAGCUAGCUGUCCCCAAUUGAGCACAUGA